GUCUUUUGCGCCUUGCAACCGGUUUGAUCAACCAAGGCGUUUUUUUUUUUUUUUUUUUUUUUUUCGAGUGAUCCACACAUUCUAACCUCGUUCAAAUAAGCGUCUUCCUGACUCGUGUUCCGCCGCAAUGGAGCCCACCAAUCCUCCCGCACCUGUACCUGCACCUGUACCUGCACCUGUACCACCCACUUCCCACGUCCCGGGCAAUUCGCAACCGCGGCCGCGGCCGCCUUACACCAAGAAGCGGCAGAAAGGCAGCAGCGAGGCGCAGGGAUCCCUGCAUAUACCCGGCAGCGGCACCAGCACAAGUAACUUGGAAGACGACUGUGACGGCGACGGCAGCGCGGCCGGAAGCCAGCCGCCGCCAAGCAAGAGCCAAAAGCGGCGCGGCAGGCACAACACGGCCUGCAAUUUCUGCCGCCACCGCAAGGCGCGCUGCAACAAUGAGCGCCCGCGUUGCGGCUUCUGCAGGGCAAACAACCAAGAAUGCGUCUAUGCCGAGGAGCUGGAGAGGCGGCAUCAGCAGACCAACGAUGACAGCACUGCCGAUAUAAUAUCCCGCUUGGAUGAGCUCAAGAGUCUACUUCUCGGCUCCACGGCAAUUGGGGCAGCAGCAGCCCAGCUGCCUCCGCCGCGGAACCCCCAGAUUCGCUGGUCCUCCGUCUCCGACCUCGACGGCGCCAACAGCCCGUCUGCAAACAGCAGCAACAGCCACCGCAGCCCGUCCGGCGCGACGCAUUCGACCACUCCCGGACCUGGCGACGGCCGGGGCCGAGUCAAGUUGGCCGAGGGCAAUUUCUUGUGGGCGUCGUGCGAGGCGAUACUCCGAUGGCCGGCGUUGCGGGACCUCUUACUCCCAGAGGAGCAAGCCAUCCGGUCGUUUGUGCUGGAUUCAGACCUGGAAUUUGACGAGGUUUUUCUGCUAAAGACGGACAGAGCUCAACCGCCGCUUCCAAAGUUUCAGAGCCCGUCGGACCCGGACAGUCGACGGCGCAACAUCAGCGAGGUUGAGAUUGUGCCGCUGGUGGAAAAGUUUUUGAUGGAGGUCCAUGUACGCAACCCAAUCCUGGAUGAGGAGGAGCUGAGAAGGCAUGCGAGGGACGUCGCCGAGAAUGGGAUGGGUUGGGAUGGGAAGACUUGCUUGGUGCUGAUCGCAUGCGCCCUCGCCUGUCUCUGGGCUGGAUGGCAUCCACCACCACCCCCCGGCAGCGUCACAGCUCCGUAUUACCGGGAAAGAGAAGACUUGCAAGGCGCAGCGGCAUUCUACUUUGAGGCCAAGAAGCGGUUUGGUUUUCUUCAAAUGAACAUUCUGGACCUUCAAUGCCUGCACCUGGCCAACAUGUUUGAGAAGUGCUCCUUUAGGCCACUGAGGGCGUUCAACUUGGUGCAGGAAGCAAGCCACCGGCUUCAGGUUCACCUGCAGAGGAAGGCGUGGCGAGGGGACGCCGUCGCCAAGACACCAGAGGCCCAGAGGGCAAGCAUGUUGGAGCAGAGGCUUUUCUGGUCAACAGUCAGGCUAACAAUGGAAUGCCUGAGCGAGAUACCACUCCAGACCACCGGCAUCGAACAAAUGGAGUACCCCGCCUACCUCCCCCAGCUAGACGGCUCCAUCGCCAUGUCGGAAAACUUCGAGAGGAGCUGGUACUGGUUCCUAUCCGAAAUCUCUUGGCGGCGCAUGAUGUCCAACGCAGCGCAGGCGCUCUACUCGGAGCACCACGCCGAGGACUGGUGGAUAGAAAACGUCGACGUGCUCAUGCGCAACUUUGACGAGUGCGAAAAGCAGCGCGUCGCCUCGAUCAAAUCCCUCCCCGAGCACAUCAAGGCCGAGAUGAGGGACCCGAACCGACGCUUCGUGCGCGAGGCCACCACGCUCAUGACGGCCCGGCUCGACAUGUGGUUCUUUGUCAUCUCCAACCCGCUCGUCUACUUUGUCCUGCACAGCCCCGCGGGCUACGUCAUCCCGCGAGCCGCCCUCGACGUCGCGCGCCGCUGCCUCGCCGUCGGCGGCGGCUACAUCCGCGACGUCUGGUUCCACCAGCGCCACGGCGGCUCCUGGCCCAUGGGCCGCCGCAUGUUCAGCAUCUGCCUGACCAUCCUGGCCUGCGCGGCCGCCGCCGGGGGAGCGCCCGAGCAGCAGCGCGGGAUCCGGCCGCCAGAGGACUGGGUCGUGCUGUGCCUCAUGUCGCACAACAGCCUGGCGCGCUGGGCACGCGAGUCCGAGGAGCGUUGGCGCAUGUGCGUCCUGCUGAGGCGCAUGACCACCGACGUGUGCGCGAGGCUGGGGAUGCCGCCGCCCGGGGGUUGGGCUGGUGACGACGGGGGAGUGAGGCAUUCUAUGGAUGCGGCGAGGGAGCCGCAGUCACCAUGGAGGGUUGUCAUUGGUGUAUGAUUCGGAUCGGCAACCACGUGCCCUGUAUUACCUACUUUGUACGUUUCGACUACCUUGCUUGCUGACACCCGGGAGCUCACAGCUUCGUAAACGCAGAUGUGACGCCUGGAUCAUACAGCCCCGUCUCGGCGAGGUACGUCUCCCAGUGCUCAAUCAUCUUUUCCAGCAACUCCGGCUCCGACUCCGCAGCAUCGUGAAGCUCCCCUGGGUCCCGCUCGACGUUGUACAGUUCCCACUUCUCCUUUCCUCUCGGCUCCGUCAUCCACACUGCUUUCCACGGUCCCUGUCGAAUCGCCCGCUGUCCAAACAACUCCCACCCGGUGAUGUGCUGCUCCUCGUCGUGGAAGCUGCCCGUCGCACCUGAAAGGUGCGGCACCCACGAGGAACCCCUUACCGGCACGACCUCUCGGCUGCGGAACGUCUUUUCGGGCAGGGGGACGCCCGCCAGCUCGCACAGUGUUGGAAAGAUAUCCAUGACGGUAGCGAACGAGUCCGUCGUGGGGGUCGGCUGCGAUUUUUCUCUGCUCUGCGCCUGCCCCCGGCCGGAUCCUGGGUACCGCACGAUACAGGGACAGCGGAUGCCGCCUCCUGUAAUCCACGUUUUGAACCCUCUGCUCGGCGCCAUGCUCGCGCAAGCCCAUUCUGGGCCGUACCAAAUGUAGCUGUCCUUGUUGCCCAUGUUUUCCAGCCGGUUAUCGUAAUACGUGUCCAGGAUCUGCGCAAAGCUCUUCCCCCCACCCAUCAUCGGCAGCGCCUCGAGCAUCGCGCCCUCGGCCCCGUUGUCGCUCAUGAACAAAACAAACGUAUUGUCCAAUUCGCCAUCGGCCUCGAGCUGGUCGAGCACCGUUCCGAUGGCCGCGUCCAUGCCGUCGACCAUGGCAGCAUACACUUCCAUCUUUUUGGCAGAUUCGGCCUUUUCCUGCGCCGACAACUCGUCCCAAACCCGGAUCUUGCGGCCGACCAUCGGCGCCGGUUCCGUUCCGGCCUUGACGAUCCCCAACUCGACCAACCUCUCGAGCCUCCGGGCCCGCAGCGCGCUCGGUCCGUCGUCGUAGACGCCCUUGUACUUGGCGACCAGGUCGGCCGGCGCCUGCAGGGGCCAGUGCGGGGCCGUGAAGGGCAGAUAGGCAAAGAAUGGCCUGUCGGACCCGGCGCGCUCUCGGAGGUACUGGGCCAUCUUGUUGCCGUAAAAGGUGGACGAGUAGAAAUCUUUGGGGAGGUCCUUGGUUCUGUCAAGGAACCGAUCGUCCUCCAUCCAGAAUUUCGCCUGACUAAUCACGUCCCCAAGCCCGUGGGCGGGAUCCUCUAGCUGCGGCUCGAAAUUGUAAUGGUUGUGGCAGCCGGAGAGAAAGACAUGAGAUCUUUCAAAACCACGUGCGUGAGGCGAGGUCUCGCGAGUCAGACCGAGAUGCCUGUAGAAAGCCGCGUGAGCAAACAAAAGGUCAUGCAUUAACGAUGCAAGCAUAUCCAUCCAAGGACGAAAGCCCUCAAAACUCACCACUUGCCCGUCAUCAAGGUCUGGUACCCGGCAUCCUGAAAAACUUCCGAGAGCGCAGCGACUCGGAAAUUCAAAUAACCUUCGUAGCCCGGCUUGUCCCUGUACAGGUCCGCGUGGGCGCGCAUGUUCUCAGCCAUCUGGCCCAGGCCGGCGAUGUGGUUGUCGGUGCCGGAGAAGAGCAUGGAUCGCGUCGGCGAGCAGGCCGAAGCCGUGUGGAAGUUGGUCAACAGCCGUCCAUUGCCGUCGGAGACGAGCCGUGCCAGGUUUGGCGUGUUGAUCUCGCCGCCGAAUGGGCUCGUGUCGCUGUAGCCCAGAUCGUCUGCGACGAUUAUGAGAAAUUUUGGUCUUUUGGUGGCCGGGGAGGACAUUUGUGUUGUCUGGCGAGUUGCUGCUGGUGGUAUAUCAAAGGUGGAUGAGCCGAUGGACCAGCUACCUUGGGAUUCGUUGAUGACGAUUCGACCCCGCUUUGUUGGGGCGCCCAUUUACCAUGGGUAGCGCCAUCUCGGCUAUAGCUAUAGCGCGUUGCAGCGUCUUUACCGUGCUCCCACCGCUGACUCAGCGCUUGCUCGCAUGUGAAACCAAGAUCUAUCUGAUCUAAUGCGACAAAUAAUUACGAUACCACGAGUCGCC